AUGGCUACACCCAGCCAUCAUGGCGGCACCCAGCCAUCAUGGCGGCACCCAGCCAUCAUGGCUACACCCAGCCAUCAUGGCGGCACCCAGCCAUCAUGGCGGCACCCAGCCAUCAUGGCUACACCCAGCCAUCAUGGCGGCACCCAGCCAUCAUGGCAGCACCCAGCCAUCAUGGCAGCACCCAGCCAUCAUGGCUACACCCAGCCAUCAUGGCGGCACCCAGCCAUCAUGGCGGCACCCAGCCAUCAUGGCUACACCCAGCCAUCAUGGCGGCACCCAGCCAUCAUGGCUACACCCAGCCAUCAUGGCGGCACCCAGCCAUCAUGGCAGCACCCAGCCAUCAUGGCAGCACCCAGCCAUCAUGGCUACACCCAGCCAUCAUGGCGGCACCCAGCCAUCAUGGCUACACCCAGCCAUCAUGGCGGCACCCAGCCAUCAUGGCAGCACCCAGCCAUCAUGGCAGCACCCAGCCAUCAUGGCUACACCCAGCCAUCAUGA